GGACGUAUGUUGAAAAAAUGUCGACUCUUCAAGGGUGAGUCCAUCAACUAUCAACUGUAAACUCAUAAGUGAUGCUACCAUUAGUCAGACUUUAGAAAGGAUUAUUUCUAUUUGAGUUCGAUUCCUAGCAUCGAAUAAUUUUUAUCUUCGUGACAACGUGCAGGAGGACUCUGGUGACCAUCUAGUGAACCAUCCUAUGGGCGUCGGGAUUAAUUCUUCGGAGAUUAAGCUGACCACUCAUCACCUUGUGACGAUCUUAAGAAUACGUGGAGUUAUACCUCCAUUGCCUUACAUAUCUGCAUGGCCUGGUGCAUAGUUUAGUACCAGGAACAUUCUUUUGCUUUGUUUUAUAUUUUAUUUUGUGAAAUGAAGUUUUAAAUUAGGUCAUUUGAUUUCGGGAAUUUAGCUGUAUUUGUAUUGAAUAUGCUGUUUGAAAUCAUAUACGUGGUAUUUUGUUUUAGGUAAACAAUCCGACGAAUACCAGUCUCAUGUUUAUUUCAAUUACGCAUAUGGAGAAGCCGGUUUCAGCGCACAUUUUCCACAGAACAGCAAUGAAUUCAUUAUUGGAGCUCCCGGCGUCCUUGAUUGGCAAGGUACAGUCAUUCGAAUGAGAGACGGGGAAUUGUCAGGAGGAUCACCGCGCAGGCGCAGAAACCAUGAAAACUAUUACUUUGCCGAAGUUCCCAACGCUCUGAAGUCAAACACAGUUCCUAUGAAUAGUUACUUGGGAUACUCCGUUAGUUCUGGAAGGUUCUUCAGUUCUCGACCCACGCAUCUGUACGUGAGUGGGGCCCCAAGAGCAAACCAUUACAAAGGCAAGGUUUAUCUGUUCGACUUCCCGGAGAAUCAUGAAGACGAGGACCUGCAGUAUAUAAGAGACCUCGACGGUACGCAGAUGGGCGAGUAUUUCGGUGGAGCGCUGUGCGUCGUAGAUUUGAACGGGGACCGUCUGGAUGACUUGGUCGUAGCAGCUCCCCAGUUCUCACUACAAGCGACGAACUCGGCUAAGCUCGUGGGCGACGAAGGUCGUAUUUACGUGUUCAUCAACGGCGAUAACGGAAGGUUUAAGGAGAUAACAGGAGAUCGGAUGAUAAUGGGAAACCGACGGUACGGCGCGAGGUUUGGUACAGCCGUCGCUAACGUUGGCGACCUUAACAUGGACGGCUAUGAAGAUAUCGCAGUUGGUGCCCCGUACGAGGGAAAUGGUGUUGUGUUUAUCUAUCAUGGCGAUAAGUCUGGUAUUAUCUUUGAGCCAGUGCAGAAAAUCUUCGCAGAGAAAAUUGAUCCAGGACUUAAUGGUUUUGGAAUCAGCUUGUCGGGUGGCGUGGAUGUUGAUGGAAACCAUUAUAAUGACGUGGCUGUAGGAGCCUUCGAAUCCGGUCACGCUGUAGUUCUGAGAGGGCAUCCUAUCAUUACAUUCCACCCAGAACUGACCACUAGCACAAGCAGAAUCAGUUUAAAGACCUCAAACUUCUCCAGUAGAGCGUGUCUUAGUUACAAGGGAUCGUACGUUCCGGAAACAGCUGAUGCCAAGGUAACCAUGACAGUGGAUCUGUCAUACGGUAGGGCCCAUUUCAUCUCUGAGGAGUUGAAGAUUUCCAAUAACUACACAUACGAAGUCAAACUACGCAGUGAAUCACCCCAGUGCAAAGACUUCUACAUUGCAAUUAGGCCAAGUAGUAAGGAUCCAACCAGACCGAUAGACGUGGUUAUGAAAUAUGAACUCGUGAACAAUCCCAAUGAAGACACACACAAUAGUGGUUCAGAUGGGUUCUGUAUGAAUUGCCCAGUGGUGGACGUCAGACAGCCAACGUAUAUCAUAAAGAGGGUAGCGUUUGAAACAGGAUGUAAAAGAGAUAUAUGUGAACCAGAUCUCGUAGCUGAUGCAAGAUUUAUUGGGAUAAAGGAGAAAUUUGUUCUUGGUGAGCAGACGACCUUGCAGAUGGAGGUUGAAGUGCAGAACAUAGGAGAACCGGCCUUUUUGGCUCGUCUCGUUUUGGUUAUACCCAGAGUAACGCCGUUGGUCCGAAUUCCACCAAACUGCCAGGAUUCGACAGAGAAACACGCAACCGAAGUACAAACCCUGGUCUGCGACAUUGGAAACCCUUUGGAGAAAAAUAAUACCAUCAUCGUAGUGAUGAACACACAGGAUAUACCUGUCGACACCACGAGUCUCGUAUUUUCAAUAAAUGCAACGAGUGUUGGAAAUGAAUCGACUGCUGUCGAUAAUUAUAAGAAGUUGGUAUUGCCAAUAGUAAUCCAGGCUGACAUGACUAUAACGGGACUUUCCAGUCAGGAUCAGAUAGUUUAUGUCGCCCAAAACAAAUCUUUCAGAGACGAUCUGAUACUCAGCCACAGUUUCGAGGUCUGGAAUCUUGGACCAAGUAACGUAGAAACAGUCACCAUCGAAUUUGAGAUUCCACAUCAACUGGACGGACCAAAUGGGGAAACAAUUUUCAUGCAAGUUUUCGAACCUCAGUUGUCAAUGACGGCGUCUUCCGGUACUAUUACUUGUGGACCUGAAGACCCGUUCUUUUAUUAUAAGUCUGACGAGACUUCAAAGGGAGAAGUCUCUAUAGAAAUUGACCCAACAACGUUUAAAGAAGAUGAUGGUCCAGAUUCGAAUGUGGUAAAAUCUUCUGUUGUGUCGAAACGUUCUGUCUCCGAUGAUGAGUUUCCGCCAUCGUCACCAAAUUUCGUGCCACCGCCGUCGAACAGGACAUUAUUUCUCAACUGUUCGAGUCAAAAAGUCGAUUGCUUCAAAGUGAAAUGUCUCGCUGGGCCAUUCACACCAAUCAAGUCUCGAGCGACAAUUAAUUUUAAACUAAAGCCCAUUCUUCAGACUUUAGAAACGUCACUCGACAACAAAGACAUAAUCCUAUUUUCAUCUCGAGGGAAAGUAAGCAUUUUAAGUCCACCAGGUUCAAUGCAACAAAUAGACCACAAACCAGAUGGCGUGACUGUACACACAGUAUUUCACGGCAAGAUCCCAGAAGGCAGUAUAGCUACUUGGAUCAUCGUGUUGGCCAUCAUCUGUGGAAUUCUAAUACUUUUCUUCAUUGCUAUGGCUCUCCAUAAGAUGGGGUUCUUCAAACGAGAGAAGAAAGAAGAACUCGAGGCUUUAAAAGAGGCUGAAGGUGAGACAGCAGUCGCUGAUGAUGGCGAAUAAAGCUUCACAGAUGAUUUUUUUUGUAACACAUUCCAUGGAAACUUUCAGUAGGAACUGGAGUUUUCUUAUGAAACUACCGGAAUUAAGCUCCGGUGUUAUUUAUGUUACUAAUCCGUGACGAAGCCAAAGUUACUUCAACGCGUCUACUUUAAAGUGGGCCACGACUAAUGUUAAAUCAUUUGCAAAUCACCAUUCACAAAUAUUCUACCAUUAAACGCUGUGUGAGCUAUGGAGUUGACAAAACGUCGUUAAAUAAUCCACAAAAGAAUCAGGACGUUUCCCUGAGCUUUGGGCUCUUAAAGAUUUCUGUGACUUUAAUCACAGACAUUUCGAAUUAGCUUACGUCAUAUAAUCGAAAAACCUUGCAUAUCAGUUGUAUGAUUUAAUAUGAAUUAAUUUGCUACUGAUGAUGGCGAACUUUUGAGGUCGAAACGCGUUUGGUACUACAGUACGCUUCUGUAAUCUUGAGACUUGCAAGGAAUGCAGGAAGUCCGAAGACUUCCUCACCCCGCAAGUCUCAACAUUACAGUCGUGGACUGUGUCUUUUUAAAGUGUAAACAGUUUUUGUUUGUAUGCAAGAUUUUACGUCACAAAAACUGAAUAUUUUCCCUUUAAGGCCUCUCUGCACGAACUUGUCUCUGCGGUUUGCAGAUAUUCGUCUUAUAAAUGACAAUGAAACAUGAAAUCAUUAAAGAAGUUGAUUCUGAAUUUGUACUUCAACUGCCCUGUAGCUUAUUCCUGUCAGAACACUUUACAAAAACAGGGAUAUGCCAUAUUCGGUGCAAGUUUUCGAAAGUUCUACUCACCUCAAGAAAGGUCAUGACGUCACACCGUAAUAUCACGAUGGGGCACAAUUUUCGAACAGCUGAAAGGAAUUUUACGCAAUUUGUCAUUUCAUUCUUGGACAUGGGACACUUCGCGGAAAGGAAUUAUGAUAAACAGAUUUUUCGUAAAGUAUUAGAAUUGAAAAUUACAUUACUUUUAUGCCUGAUUCAGGAGGAAGAACGUAAAAUAGUAUUCGAAAAACACAUCCAGCUUCUUUAAACUAACCUCGUAAAACUCGUUGUCUCCUCAGAAAUAGUGCGCAUGAGAAUACCCUAAUUAUUUGUAUGGACUCAGAAUUCAUGUGUGAAUCUAAAAUUAUGUGAAUAUUCAUUAAUUCGUCUGUAAUCUCAUGUUUAUUCAUGUAGCACAUCUGAAUUAUCUAUUCAUCCAUCCACACUUAUCCUUACAUCAAUCGUGUAUCCUAGAAGGCAUUGUACUGAAGACGUAAAAGUGGAUUUAUGUCGUGUAAACUAACUGCUGUUAAUUAAUACAUUACUAUCUAGUCAUACAAUUAUUUUGACCGAAAGACUCGGGAAAACAAUUGUUAAGCUGUAAAUAAUAUAAUAUUUGUGCCAAGUAAAGAAUGUAGUAUGCACGUC